AUGGACAACAGAAAGCUAAAAAGCUUGUCUGAGGAAGUUCUUUCUGGAGUCGUGGUCAUAACAAGUAAGGACACAGUCCAGCACCAAGGUAUCUCAUUAACAAUGGAAGGAUCAGUAAAUCUGCAGCUUAGUGCCAAAAGUGUGGGUGUGUUCGAAGCUUUCUAUAACUCUGUCAAGCCUAUUCAAAUUAUCAACAGUACUAUUGAAAUGGUAAAACCAGGGAAACUUCCCAGUGGCAAGACAGAAAUUCCAUUUGAAUUUCCAUUGCAUGUGAAGGGGAACAAAGUUCUGUAUGAGACAUAUCAUGGUGUCUUUGUUAAUAUUCAGUAUACCCUACGGUGUGAUAUGCGACGUUCUCUGCUGGCAAAAGACCUAACUAAGACCUGUGAAUUCAUUGUCCACUCACUGUCACAGAAAGGGAAACUGAUGCCAAGCCCAGUAGACUUCACAAUUACUCCUGAAACUUUGCAAAAUGUUAAAGAGAGAGCUUCACUUCCAAAAUUCCUCAUCAGAGGUCAUCUCAGUUCUACAAACUGUAUCAUCACACAGCCACUAACAGGGGAGCUGGUAGUGGAGAAUGCAGAGGCUGCAGUCAAGAGUAUUGAGCUGCAGUUAGUACGUGUGGAAACCUGUGGGUGUGCGGAAGGUUAUGCCAGAGAUGCCACAGAGAUACAGAAUAUUCAGAUUGCUGAUGGGGAUGUCUGCAGGGGCCUACCAAUUCCUAUUUACAUGGUGUUUCCCAGGUUGUUCACCUGCCCUACCCUCGAAACAACAAACUUCAAAGUUGAGUUUGAAGUUAACGUUGUUGUCCUUCUGCACGAUGAUCAUCUCAUCACAGAGAACUUCCCGCUGAAGCUCUGCAGGAUGUAAAUAGUCAGAGGAGAAUCGCUUAAGGAUGUACUGAAAAAGGACAAAAUUCUUCAGAGGCAAAGUGAAACUCUAUCCAUGUCUUAUUUUAACUGAAAACACACCACUUCCUUCUCCCUGCUGGUAGUUCGUGUGCUUUCAGUUCUCUCUCAGUCUUGCUAAGACUUUGCCUGCCUUGCGAUAGCCUCCAUGGAU